AGAAGUAAAUUAGGACGUUCUCUUCAUAUUUCCACUUCCUUUUAGAGAGCUGAAUCUGAUGAAGGAGAAGCAGCUCAGUCUGGUGAAACUUCUUCAGCGCUUCUUCCCAGAAACACAAGAUUUAAAACCAAGACAUUAUAAGAGCUACAAGAUCAUGUUAAUUUUUGAUGGUCUGGAUGAGUGUCGACUGCCUCUGGAUUUCCGGAACAAUGAGAACUUGGUAGAUUUCAGAGGAGCAAACCUCAGUGGAUGUUCUGCUGACGAACCUCAUCAAGGGGAAUCUGCUUCCCUCUGCUCUCCUCUGGAUCACCUCUCGACCAGAGGCAGUCAGUCAGGUCCCUCCUGAGUGUGUUGACCAGGUAAAAGAAGCCUCUGCAUCAUGUGCCACAUACCGGUAUUCUGCUGGAUUACAGCCACUGUUCUAGAGAAGAUGCUGAGUGAAGCUGAGGGUGGAGAAAUUCCCAAAACCCUGACGCAGAUGUUCACACACUUCCGGAUCUUUCAGAUCAAACAUAAGAGCCAGAAGUACAGUGGGAAAAGUGACACUGAUCCUCAGCAGACUAGAGAAAGUGUCCUGGCUCUGGGUAAACUGGCGUUCCAGCAGCUGGAGAAGGGAAACCUGAUCUUCUAUGAAGAAGACCUAAGAGAGAGUGGCAUCAAUAUUCAAGAGGUGUCAGUGUACUCAGGAGUGUGGACCCAGAUCUUUAGAGAGGAACAUGCUUUGUAUCUGGGGAAGGUCUUUAGUUUUGUACAUCUAAGCAUUCAGGAGUUCCUCGCUGCUUUAUAUGCAUUUCUCUGCUUCAUCGAAGGUAAUGUUCUGAUUCUACAAAACACUAAGCAGAAAACUAGUGAAAUCUCCAAGUUUUCCCUCAGGGCAACUAUGACUGACUUUCUGAACGAUGCCGUGGAUAAAGCCUUACAGAGUGAGAGUGGACACCUGGACCUGUUUCUUCGUUUCCUUCUGGGUCUCUCACUGGAGUCUAAUCAGACUCUCUUGCGAGGCAUACUGACACAGAAAGAGAGGAUCUCUCACAGCACUGAGGAAACAGUCAAAUACAUCAAGAAGAAGAUUGAGGAGAACUCUGCUCCAGAAAAAUCCAUCAAUCUGUUCCACUGUCUAAAUGAACUGGUGCACUUCCUCUAG